UGCCUCCACUCCCUUCCCCUCCAUCGCCUUCCUCCCUUUCCCCUCUCCAUCUCCAAACACUAUUCCCUCCCUCCAUUCUACUCAACUCCUCGCCCAUGGCCGUGCUUCCCAUCAACGACGCGCCUAGCUUUGACGACGAUGGCCGCCCCAAACGAACCGGUACGUUUUGGACAGCAAGUGCUCACAUAAUCACAGCAGUCAUCGGUUCAGGUGUGUUAUCGUUAGCAUGGGCAAUCGCUCAACUAGGAUGGAUCGCCGGUCCCUCUGUGAUGUUGCUAUUCGCCUUCAUCGGCUAUUACACCUCCUGUUUGCUCGCCGAUUGCUAUCGCUCCAGUGACCCAGUGAAUGGAAAGAGAAACUACACUUACAUGCAUGCAGUUCGCUCCCUUCUCGGUAGAGGUCAAACAACAGCAUGUGGAGUACUUCAGUACGUGAACCUAAUCGGAAUAUCAAUUGGAUAUACGAUUGCGUCGUCGAUCAGCAUGAUGGCGGUUAAACGGUCAAAUUGCUUUCAUAGUAGUGGAGGGAAGAAUCCAUGUCAUAUGUCGAGCAAUCCCUUCAUGGUGUCUUUUGGAGUAAUGGAAAUAAUUUUGUCUCAAAUUCCUGAUUUUGAUCAGAUUUGGUGGCUCUCCACGGUGGCUGCUGUCAUGUCUUUUACCUAUUCCACCAUUGGCCUUGGCCUUGGAAUAGCCAAAGUUGCAGAAACGGGGAGUUUUAAAGGGACGGUGAGUGGAAUAAGUGUGGGACCAAUAAAUGAAAGCCAAAAGAUAUGGAGAACUUUCCAAGCACUUGGCGACAUCGCUUUUGCCUAUUCUUUUUCAAUUAUCCUUAUUGAAAUUCAGGACACAAUCAGAUGCCCACCGUCGGAAGCAAAGACAAUGAAGAAAGCGACAGGAUUCAGCAUUGCAUUGACCACAAUAUUCUACAUGCUAUGCGGGUGCAUGGGCUACGCAGCCUUUGGCAACGACGCCCCAGGCAACCUCUUGACUGGCUUUGGCUUCUACAACCCAUUCUGGCUCCUUGACGUCGCCAACGUCGCCAUCGUCGUCCACCUCGUUGGCGCAUACCAAGUCUUCUCUCAGCCCGUCUUUGCUUUUGUCGAGAAGAAAGCCGCCCAAGCAUGGCCCGACUCACCUUUCAUCACCAAACACCACAAGCUCUCCAUCUCUUCCUCCCGCUCCUACAAUGUCAACCUCUUUCGACUCGUUUGGCGAUCUCUUUUCGUCUGCUUCACCACCGUCGUCGCUAUGUUGCUCCCCUUCUUCAACGACGUGGUUGGGAUCAUUGGGGCUCUCCAAUUCUGGCCAUUGACCGUGUAUUUUCCGGUCCAAAUGUAUAUUGUUCAGAAGAAGAUUCCUAAAUGGAGUCUCAAGUGGGUUUGUGUUCAAACCAUGAGCAUGGGCUGCCUUUUGAUCUCCUUUGCUGCUGUUGUGGGCUCUGUUAUUGGUGUCAUGCUUGAUCUUAAGGUUUAUAAGCCUUUCAAGACAAUGUAUUGAUAUCAUGGAUUUGAGCAAAGGAAUUACCAAAUAUAUGUAUAUUAUUCGUUUAUGUAUUUGAAAUUUGUCCAAUGAAGCUUUAUGCUUGCCUCU